AUGGGUGUCUCCAUGUCUACACUAGCCGGCUGGGUCGUCGUCCUGGGACUGUUUGGCGUCCUGGGCUACCGCGAGUUCUCGACCUCGCAGCGCAUCCAGUCGAGCCGCGAGCAGCAGCGGUCGCGCCUGGAACGCCAGGCCGCGGGCGCGCAAAAGGGCUACAAGAAGGCCAAGCAGCAAAAGGAGAGCAAGCCGAAGCCGGCGACACAGGGCACGCUAGAUGCCAAGCCAAAGCCACCGUCGCCAGCACCAGCACAAGCCGCCCCGGCCUACAACUACAGCUCGGACGACCGCGACGCUGACCGCGACCGCGACGCCGCGCGCAACCGGGAGUUUGCUCGCCAGCUCAACAGCGUCAAGCAGGGCACCAAGUUCACAGGGAAGGCCAAGGAGGAGUCCCGCCAGAAGAGUGUCAAGCAGUCCCGCGCCGAAGAGGCGCCCGUCGCGGCGGCCGACGCCGGCGGCGUCUCGGCGGCGUCGUCCACUGCCGGCAUCGACGCUGACGACGACAACUCGUCCGCUGCGACGUCGCCUGUUCUUGCCGCCGCCACCCAGGCUGGCGCCGUCGACGACAUGCUCGAGAAGGCCGCGCCUGGCCCCUCCGUUCUGCGCCUGACGGGCACCGAGGAAAAGCCCAACUACAAGACGCAGAAGACCAAGGCGCCCGAGGUCGUCGAGUCCAAGAAGCAGCGCCAGAACCGCAAGAAGGCGGAGCUGGCCAAGGCCGAGCGUGAGGCUGCCGAGUCGGACCGCAAGGUGAAGCUCGAGGCCCAGCGCCGCACCGCCCGGCAAGCCGAGGGCCGUGCUGCCAAGGACGGCUCUGCAUUCAUGGCUGCGCAGGCGGCGUCCAACGCAUGGACCGGCCAGGGCACCAGCAGCAAGACGGCCUCGUCCGGUGGCCCGUCUGGCACCAACGGCUUUGUGCCCGCACAGCCCCUUGACACGUUUGACGCGAACGUCCAGACCGAUGCGUCCAAGUCGUCUGUCCCGUCGUACGACAAGAGCGAGGACUGGAUGUCGUCGCUGCCCUCAGAGGAGGAGCAGAUGGAGAUUUUGCGCAAGGACCAGAACGAGGACUCGUGGAACACAGUGACCAAGGGCCGCAAGAAUAAGAAGACCAAGGACGCUGCACCAGCCGCGGAGGCUCCUGCUGCUGCUGCUGCUCCCGCCGCCCCUACUCCGGCCGCGCAAAAGCCGCUCCUGCUGCUGCGGCCACUCCUGCGCCCGGGGCCCAGAAGCCGCGUCCCGCUGCCGCGGUUGCCUCACAGUCCUCGUUUGCUGCCCUGA